AUGAGAGUUGUGAGGGCGAAUAUGGAUGGUAGUGACAUCGAGGUGCUUUACCAGGCUGUGGAUGCGCAGAACUGGUGUUUUGGCAUUGCUGUGGACGACGGGUCUAAGUCUGUAUUUUGGACGCAGAAAGGACCACCGAAGGGGAACAAGGGACGGAUUUUCCGAAUGGGUCUCGACACGAAAGACGCAGAGAUCCAGCUCCUUCUGGAUAAUCUUCCGGAACCCAUCGACUUGGAAUUGGACCAUGCUUCUGGAACACUGUACUGGAGUGAUCGUGGUGACCCGCCACAUGGGAACUCUGUAAAUUGGGUGGCCCUUGCGGAUGUGUCAGCGAACAACUUGCAACCAAAGGUCUUGGUUUACAAGCUUCAUGAGGGGAUUGGACUUGCCCUGGACCUGAAGAAUAACCGCAUGUUUUUCGGCGACCUUGGAGGGUCUCUGUACCGUGCUAAUCUGGAUGGGUCCUGCAAGCACACUAUUUUCCCUGACAUCGGAGGUGCGGUCACAGGGGUAGCCUAUGUUGGAGAGUAG